CACAAGCAGAUAUGAAUUGUGAGUGCAAGUGAACGGACGGUACUUUUUGUGAGUGAUGUGUUGUUAUUAUUGAUUUGUUGCGGGAAUUUAAAUCGUUCUAUUUUGGACAAUUAUUCAGUCAAUUAGAGAGAUUUCGACGACGACAGUGAAUAGUUUUUGUUUAUUGACAAAAUGGAAAUGGACGAUGAAGAUAUUUUUAUAAAAAUUUCGGAUAUUGUGGAAUAUUGGGCAUAUUUAAAGACCAUUGAUUGGUUUGAUCCAUGGCUUAUUCUAUUGAUAAUUGCCCAUUUGACGAUAAUAACGGUGGUGGCAAUGACUCGCAAACACUCAUUAUUUCAAAUGAUUCUCUUUUUAACCAUGUUGUUGGCUGUGUUUAUGUCGGAGAAGAUAAAUGAAUUGGCCACAAAACAUUCGCGUUUAUUUUCGCGUCAACAAAUCGAUAGCAGUGGUCUAUUCAUAUCAACUGUAUUCUCCAUGCCCAUUCUACUAAACUGCAUGCUGAUGAUUGUUAACUGGUUAUACACCGCUACCGAUGUGAUGUCAACAAUGCGUGCUGCUCAAAUGAAAAACAACAGCGCCGGCAACAGUAGAAGCAAAAGCAACAACAACAAAAUUACCAACAAAAAACAUCUCUAAUCGGUUUUUCAGCUGCUUUUCAAUUUAUUGCCAUUAUUACAGCAAAACUCAAAAAAGGAAAAUUGGCGAAAAAUGAUGAUUUUUUUUUUUAAUUUCUUAUGAUUAUAUUAAUUUUUAGUUGAUUUAACUACUCAAAUGAAAGAAA